GGUAUACAAUUCUAGGGUUUAGAAGCAAGUGCCAAUUUCCGUUGCGGCUCUCAGAGUUAACUGUAUUUGAGUAAGAAUGUCUCAUCGUAAGUUUGAGCACCCGAGGCACGGUUCUUUGGGGUUUCUUCCUCGGAAAAGGGCUGCUCGUCAUAGAGGAAAAGUGAAGGCUUUCCCAAAAGAUGAUCCCACAAAAGCUUGCAGAUUGACUGCUUUCCUCGGAUACAAAGCUGGGAUGACACAUAUUGUUCGUGAGGUCGAGAAACCUGGGUCGAAGCUUCACAAGAAAGAGACCUGUGAGGCUGUAACCAUAAUAGAAACCCCACCAAUGAUUGUUGUUGGAGUUGUGGGGUACGUCAAAACACCAAGGGGUCUCCGUUGUCUGAACACUGUCUGGGCUCAACAUCUCAGCGAAGAAAUCAAGAGAAGGUUCUACAAAAACUGGUGCAAGUCGAAAAAGAAGGCCUUCACCAAAUACUCUAAGAAGUUCGACACUGAAGAAGGGAAAAAAGACAUGCAAUCCCAGCUCGAGAAAAUGAAGAAAUACUGCACCGUGAUUCGUGUUUUGGCUCACACACAGAUUCGUAAGAUGAAAGGGCUGAAGCAGAAGAAAGCCCACUUGAUGGAGAUUCAAGUCAACGGAGGCGACAUUUCAAAGAAGGUUGACUUUGCGUGCAGCUUUUUCGAGAAGCAGGUUCCAAUCGAUGCAGUUUUCCAGAAGGAUGAAAUGAUUGACAUUAUUGGAGUGACAAAGGGUAAGGGUUACGAGGGUGUGGUGACACGUUGGGGUGUCACACGCCUUCCAAGAAAGACCCACCGUGGGCUCCGCAAAGUUGCGUGUAUUGGUGCAUGGCAUCCUGCUAGGGUUUCGUUCACUGUCGCAAGAGCUGGGCAAAAUGGGUACCAUCACAGGACUGAGAUGAACAAGAAGAUUUACAAGCUGGGGAAGACUGGUCAAGAAACUCAUAAUGCCAUGACUGAGUUUGAUAGGACUGAAAAGGAUAUUACUCCGAUGGGAGGGUUCCCGCACUAUGGGGUGGUGAAGGACGACUAUUUGUUGAUCAAGGGAUGCUGUGUGGGCCCCAAGAAGCGCGUCGUUACGUUGAGGCAGACUUUGUUGAACCAGACUUCUAGGGUUGCGUUGGAGGAUAUUAAGCUCAAGUUUAUCGAUACUUCUUCGAAAUUCGGCCAUGGUCGCUUCCAGACUAUGGAUGAGAAGGCCAAGUUUUACGGAAGAGUCAAGGCUUGAAGCAAAUAUUGUUGUGUUGUGGCAUCGGAGAUAUUUUGUCGAUUCAAUUUUGUUUUUUAUGUUUUCGAAGUUCCGAAAUAUGAAGAUGUUUUUGUUUUCUUGGAUAAUAUUUUACCUUUUUGGUGGGAUUGUUAUUCUGUAUUUUAUUGCAUAUCUGAGAUCUUGUUAUGCUUACAUAAUAAGCCUUGUUGAUCUGAUUUA